CCUGAGAAACCUUCAUCCCUCAUUCUGGAGCCAGUCAGGUCUGAGAAACCUUCAUCUGUCAUUCUGGAGCCAGUCAGGUCUGGUUGCACUCGCCCGAGGAAGUUCUCCUGUUCUGCACUCCUCUCACAAGACUUUCUGGAAACUAAAUCUGCUGUAUGUAGCUCAGUGUGUGUGUGUGUGUGUGCGCUGUAUGUAGCUGCUAUAUUUAACACACGUCACACAGUCCACGCAACGUACAAACCAGCCCACGCCAGUUCACCCUGCUUCUCUGCCAAGGGGGUUUGGAAUUAGGAACACACACUACACACACACACACAGUACAUCAUCUAGAAGUACACACACUUAGCAUAUUUGGGUGCACACACACUACCAGAGCCGCAGGUCAACCCAGCUUGAUCCGUCAGGAAGUAUGAUCAGGUCACAUCUCCUCCGACCGUCGUUACAUCACUUCCUGUCGCCAAGGCUGCUGAGUACUGCGGCGCCCCGGGGCGUGGUCGAGGAGGGACUGCCCCCCACCCCCCUGCCGGCUCAGCCUCGGGGUGCACCCCUCCCUGACCUCUUGACCUUUGAGGACCCUGGGGCCUUCAGGGUGAAGAGCCUGGCGGAGCUGGCCAGAGCUCUGGGAGUGUUCAGGCUCUGCUCCAGUACCCUGCUGGUCAACAACUGUGGGAAGCUCAUGUCCAUAGCUCGGAGCAUUCUGGGUAAAAGAGGCUUUGCUCUGUUGCUCCGCCCCUUCGUGUAUGCCCAGUUUGUGGCUGGAGAGACGGAGGGCGAGAUCAGCCAAUCCAUGGAGAAGAUGAGUGCUCUGGGACUCCGCCCUAUGCUGGCUGUGCCAAUAGAAGAGGACCUGGGGGAGGGCACUGGGGAGCUGCGGUAUGACGACAACCUGACAGCCAUGUUGGAAUGUGUCCGCAUGUCUCACAGCAACGCCUGGAGCCCGGAUCCCAUGAUGCAACUGAAGAUCACGGCUCUGCUCAGUCCAGAGCUCUGUGUGAAGAUCACCUCUCUGCUGCAGCUGCAGGGCUGGGAGCUGCAGGGCUGGGAGCUGCAGCAGCUGAUCAGAGCCAUGGAGGGAGAGCCAAUCAGUUUCCCCGGUCUGGAGGAGAGGGAGAGCGCACAUUUUCGCUGCGGCCUUCGAAGACUGAACGCAGUGGCAGAGGCCAGUGUCAAUAGGGUACGAGUCCUGGUCGAUGCUGAGUACACCUACAUGAACCCUGCCCUCUCUCUCGUCACCAUGGCGAUGAUGAAGAAAUUUAACCAAGAUGGCGCCUGGGUCUGGAACACAUAUCAGUGUUACCUCAAGGAGUCCAGGUCUCUGCUGCUGGAAGCUGUCCACCUGUCCGUCCGUGAGUCCUUCUCUCUGGGGGUCAAGCUGGUCAGGGGGGCCUACAUGGACAAAGAGAGGAAGUUAGCCAAUCAGGAGGCCCGUGCAGACCCCAUCCACCAAUCCUGGGAGCACACCAACAACAGUUACAACGGCUGCUUGAACAUCAUGCUGGAGCUCAUCUCUCAGAAUCCUUGGCGGUACCGCAUCAUCGUGGCAACGCACAACGAGGUGUCAGUCCGAUACGCCGCCGAAAGGAUGGCAGAGCUGGGUGUGGACAGAGAAGGGGGCUCAGUGUGUUUUGGCCAGCUGUUGGGGAUGUGUGACCAUGUGUCUCUGACCCUGGCCCAGCAGGGGUACUCGGUGUAUAAGUCGGUUCCGUACGGUUCCGUGGACGACACGCUGCCCUACCUGGUGCGGCGAGCGCAGGAGAACAGGACCGUGCUGCAGGGCAUCCGCAAGGAGAGGACCCUGCUGAGGGGAGAGCUGCACCGGAGGCUGGGGCUGGGGGGCUGA